GAUGUGCCUGGAAGAAAGCCUUUUAUAUUGAGGAAACUAAGUGUCCUGUUUGUUUCUUAUAUUUGAGGAUCUAAUUCUUUCCAUUGGCUUGGGAAGCUCUCAUCAACUAUUUGUUUGGACAGGUUCUCCAUGCCCUUCUUCCUCGCUUGUUCUUCUAGUAUGCCUAUUGUUCUUAUAUUGCUCACUCUGAUGGGGUCAGAUAGUUCUCAUAGAGUUCUUUCAUUUUUUUAUGCUCAAGUCUCUCUCCUGUUCCCUCUGCAUCAUUUCUACAUUUCUAUUUUUGAUAUCACUUUUCUCCAUCCGGUCCACUGUAUUUCCUAUGGUCUCAAGUUCAUUCUUGACCUCUAUUAUUGAGUUCUUCAGGCCAGAAUUUCUGUUUGGCUAUGUGUUAAAGUUUCAUUUUUGUUAAAGUACCCUUUUUGUUCAUUGAUUUGUUUUCUGAGCUCAUUAAAUUUCUUGUUUGCAUUUUCUAGCAUCAUGCAAUACACAGCACAUUAACUCAAAUGGGGAGAAGGAGGAAAAGGAAGGAGAGUAAGAGAAGAAAAUGAAGGGAAAUAAGAGAACAGAAAGGUGAAAGAAUGGCAGUAGUAAUAAAAUAACAGGUUCAGUGCCUACUAAAUGUCAGUUGCUCUUCUAAGCACUUAUUUAUUCAUUUAAUGUAUUAACUCAUUUAAUCCUUCCAAAAAUUCUGUAAGUUAGUGAUAUUAUCCUAUCUACCUUUGAAGAAACCAAGGCAUGGAGUGUAAAUUACUUUCCCAAGUUAUACGGCUUACUUCUUGAAGAGUUGAGAAUCACUGAUAGGAACUAAAUUUCAAAAGAUAUUAUAUAUUUUUAAAUGUGCCUGUUGAACUAAUGUGCAACUUGGAGUUCUUCAAAGUGUAUGAAAGUGAACACAAAAAAAUUCAGAACGUGCCCUCUGUGCUUCCUGCCAUUUUUGUCCUUCCUUGGAGUUGCUGAGGACUUAGAGAAGAUGACACCACUAAAGGAACACCCAACGGGUUUUGGCCAUUAGCAUAAAAUUUGCUACUAUUUGUUUUGGAAUCUCCUCCAGCUUUUCUCAUUCCUGGUUGUUUUUUAUUUAUUUCUCUAGGCUAAGGUAUCUUCCAUGAUGUUGCAAAUACAAGGUGCCCAGAUGCUUCAGACACUGGAGAAAUCCUUGAAGAAGAGUCUUCCUGAAUCCCUUAAGGUUUAUGGGACUGUCUUCCACAUGAACCAGGGAAACCCAUUCAAGCUAAAGGCCCUGGUGGACAAGUGGCCUGAUUUUAAUACAGUGGUAGUCCGCCCUCAAGAGCAGGAGAUGGUAGAUGACUUCGAUCACUACACCAAUACUUACCAAAUCUACUCCAAGGACCCCAAGAACUGUCAGGAACUGCUUAGCUCACCAGAAGUCAUCAACUGGAAACAGCAUUUGCAGAUCCAAAGUUCACAGUCCAGCCUGAAUGAGGUGAUACAAAGUCUUGCAGUCAUGAAAUCCUUCAAAGCUGAACAAACACAGUGCUUUCUCUAUAUGGCACUUGACACUUUAAAGAAACUGAUUCCUUCUCUAGUGGAUAUAAAGAACGUACCGCCUGGCGAUGGCAAGCCUAAGCCCAUCAAUGAACAAAUGUUUAAGCUGUCUUCCCUGGAUGUCACCCACGCUGCCCUGGUGAAUGAAUUCUGGCAUUAUGGUGGCAAUGAUAGGAGCCGAAAAUUCAUCGAGCGCUGUAUCCAGAACUUCCCCAGCUACUGUCUUCUGGGGCCAAAGGGGACCCCUGUGUCCUGGGACCUAAUGGACCAGACAGGAGAGCUGCGAAUGGCAGGCACCGUGCCUGAGUACCGGUCUCAGGGCCUCAUCUCUUAUGUCAUCUAUACCCAGACCCAGGCUCUGAAGAAACUUGGCUUCCCUCUGUACUCCCAUGUGGACAAAAAUAACAAAAUUAUGCAGAGAAUGAGUUACAACCUGCAAAAUAUUCUCAUGCCUUGUUCCUGGAACCAAUGGCACUGCGUGCCUCUGUGAAGUGUCAGAUGUGCUUGGGGAUAUGGCUGGAACAGUGGGUGGGUGGGCAGAGAGAAUGAAUGACUAGUCAUCACAAUCAUCAGUAAAGGAGUGGGCUCUGAGGGAGUGGUCACCACUGUGAUCUCUGCAUUGAUGGGCUUCUUCCCUUGGAUAUUUUGCUUUGGAGCAGUCCCAACUACACCAUAACAUUUAGUUCCUCACACUUCCAGGGAAUGUCCAUGACACUUUCAUCAGCUACAUGUUGCCCCAAAUGGCAUCUCUUGGAACUCCUACUGCAUGAAUCAGUAGAGCCUUGCCAGAUUUUCCUGGAAGGGGUAAUAUUUCCUGAGCAUUAUGACUUUUCCUUUCUCUUUCUCUUAAUAAUCAGCAAGUAUACUCUGCUCAUUAGGUGUAGAAAUUAUCCUCUCCUCUGAUUGCUGUUUUAUUGGUACAUUAAACAAUUACACACAAAUAUAUACAUGAAACAUUAGGUUAAACAUAACACAAUGAUAUCACAGGGAGAGUUACUAAGAAAAGGAUUAACUAUAUUAACCUGUGCUCUCCUCGCUCCACACCAGGGGAAAUGAUUCAAUAUUGUUUCUAAAAGCAGAGCUUCUUAAAUCCAUCCAACCCCCCCCCCACCAACAAUAAAGAGGUUGCGUGUUUGAUUGUAAAA